UAGCAGUCGUGUUUGUUCGGAGAUCUUUACGCUGAUCUCGUUGAAACAUAUGUCAUCGAAAGAUUAUUAAUUAUUAUCAUUAUUUUUAGAGCCGUUGUGUUUUCAUAGUAAUAUUGUAUUCGUUAUUGUUUUCGCGUGCUCUUGUGUUUUGAAUACCUAUUAGACGGUAGUUUCACGAUGUUGAAACGUAUUUUAUGGUGUUUGGUCCUUGCGUGUUCCGCAGUCGAUUCGUAUUCCUCAAAUCGGACUAGAGACGACGACUUGUGCAAGGUGAUCACCAAAACCGACGACGAUUACAUGUGUAAGCCGAUCGACCAAUGUCCCGAGGUUCUUCGUGAUGCCGAAAAUCGAGUCGCAUACCCGAAGAUGUGCAGAUUUCAAGGAAGAACACCAAUAGUGUGUUGUCCGAUUUCCCGAGAAGUAUCUAGCCAAAAGGCCACCGAAAAAUGCAGAGAAUACUAUUCGUUGAUCACAAGUGGUGGUGGAACGAUCGACUUCGUGGGUAGUUGUCGCGCGAAAACGGCGAAGACCCGCGAGACGAAUCGUCUUAAGAUUGUCGGCGGGACGAUGGCCGAAGAAAGCGAAUUUCCUCAUAUGGUCAUUUUAGGAUUUGGAGAACGUGUUAAAAAUGUCGAAUGGUCUUGCGGUGGAUCCCUGAUCAGCGACCGAUAUGUACUUUCUGCUGCCCAUUGUUCCGAAACAGGAAAGAGAGGUCCACUGAAAUGGGCGCUAUUGGGUGACACUGACAUAGGAUCGGACGUCGAGGAAACGGAUCCUCAGAUUCGCGAAAUCGUCCAGCGAAUUGUGCAUCCAAAUUACGAACCGCCGUCGGUGUACAAUGACAUCGGUCUUUUUAGACUGAACGCGCCGGUGCAAUUCAACCGAUUCAUCUUGCCGAUCUGCCUGAACACCGAAACGCAAUUAACUACCGAACAAAACCUCAUUGCAAUCGGCUGGGGCAGAACUGGUCCAGCUAGUCCAAUAAGUAAUAUUCUGAUGAAAGUUUCGUUAGAUUUGGUGGAUCAGAACGAAUGCAAUCGUAGUUUUUUUUUACCUAAAAGUAAAAGAUUGGCUAUUGGAAUAAAUCUAACUAGUCAAAUAUGUGCUGGAAAAACGGAAGGUGGCAAAGAUACCUGUCAGGGCGAUUCCGGUGGACCACUACAGAUCAUUCAUCCUGAAUUCAAGUGCAUGUACUCGCAAGUGGCUAUCACGUCGUUUGGGAAAAUUUGUGGAGAACCAAAUGGACCCGGUGUCUAUACAAGAGUUUCACAUUACUUAUCUUGGAUCGAAAGUAUCGUUUGGCCGUCUUCGUGAUGCCAUUUUAGGUUUGCAGACAUGCGCAUGCUUUGGUUAGGUUGAGCCUGAAAUAAUCUGUAUAUAUAUAAACUCGGACAAAACUCCCAUUGUCUGUAU